AUGGAUUUCAACAGCUCAUCUCCCUUCCCCGAGGGGGUGAUCUCUUUCUUGGACACCGAUCUGUACAAGUUGACCAUGCAGUGUGCCGUGUACAAGUUCUUUCGCGACAUCCCCGUGACGUAUGCCUAUACGAAUCGCACUCCGGACAAGAAGCUCUCGCGCGCCGCUUUUAAUUGGCUCGACGAGCAGAUCCGAAAGCUUGGCAACAUAUCCCUGUCGGACGAAGAAUACGACUUCCUCAAGUCUACCUGCGACUACUUGACCCCCGAGUACCUACAGUUUCUGCGUGAGUUCCGACUACGGCCCCGGGAGCAAGUCGUAGCUACAUUCACACCGGUCGGCGACGAUGACGGGUCCGACAGCGUCAUUGGUGACACCGACAUCAAAAUCCAAGGCACCUGGGUCGACACCAUCUUGUACGAGAUCCCGAUCCUCGCGCUGACCUCCGAAGCCUACUUCAAGUUUAUCGACUCGGACUGGAGCUACGAGGGGCAGGAGGAGAAGGCCCUGGACAAGGGAAUCAAGCUGUUGGAGGCCGGCUGCAUCACUUCAGAGUUCGGCACUCGACGGCGACGUGAUUACCACACCCAGGCUCUCGUCUUCCGCGGUCUGGUCAAGGCAUCCAAAGAGGCAGAGAAGCGAGGCCUGCCAGGAAAGCUGUCCGGAACAAGCAACGUCCAUCUUGCUAUGCGAUUCAACAUCCCACCUGUUGGUACCGUGGCCCACGAGUGGUUCAUGGGGACUGCAGCCAUUGUUGGUGACUACAGGGCGGCCACAGAAGAGGCGCUGGCUCGAUGGGUCGGCUGCUUUGGAAACAAGCUAGCCAUUGCUCUCACGGACACUUUCGGGACACAAGACUUCCUCAAAGCCUUCAGCCUGCCAGUCCGGGCUGUCGAGGGUGGGCUCCCUGCCGAGACGUUCCAGAAUGCCGACGGCACCACCAAGACGUAUGCGGAACUGUUCACAGGCGUUCGCCAGGACUCGGGGGACCCCGCCGAGUACAUCAAGGUUCUGCGAAGGUACUACGACGAGCAGGGCAUCAAGACCAAGAAGGUCAUCGUCUUCUCCGACUCGCUCAACAUUGAUCGCUGCCUCGAGUACAAGAAACUGUCCGAGCAGUACGACUUCCAGCCCACAUUUGGUGUCGGCACCUACCUGACCAACGACUUUACCCGCCUGAAGACGGGCGUCAAGUCCACGCCCCUGAACAUUGUAAUAAAGUUGAGUUCUGCGAGCGGAAGACCCGCCAUCAAAAUCAGUGAUAAUGCCGGAAAGAACACCGGAGACAAGGAGACCGUAGAGAAAGUGAAGAGGGAGCUCGGCUAUAUUGAGCGCGAAUGGAAGGACGGCGACGAGACAUCCAGAUGGGGCAAGGAUGCCAAAUAA